AUGGCGACGUGUAGAGCCGAGUACGAACAGUUUCUUUUGGUAAUGCUGGUUGAAGAUUGUUUAGAAGAAGAAGGCGUAAUAAUGCUUUAUGAUACAAGCAUCUUAAACAGCCCUUAUAUUCCCUACAAGCAUUAUCCCAAGUUCAAUUUAGACAAUCUAACUGCAGAUGAAUGUUUGGUGAGAUUUCGAUUUGAGAAAGAUGAUAUUUUCAGAUUAGCAGAUGCCAUGCAAAUUCCUGAGAAGAUAGUUUGUCCUAACCGAACUGUAGCGUCAAAGAUUGAAGGUUUAUGUAUCAUGCUGCAAAGGUUUGCCUACCCAAACAGUUACUGUGAAAUGGUUUCUUGUUUUGGAAGGUCAGUUUCCGAACUCUGCUAUAUUUUCAACGAAAUGGUAGACAUUACAAGUCUUCGUCAUGGUCAUCUACUUCAGUCGUUUGAUCAAGAGUGGUUACAGCCAAACAACCUCAAGAAAUAUGCUGAUGCUGUAUACGAAAAUGGAGGAGCACUAGAGAAUUGCUGGGGAUUUGUGGAUGGAACAGUCCGCCCAAUAUGCCGCCCAACUAAGAAUCAAAAAGUUGCAUACAACAGGCACAAAAAGGUCCAUGCAAUCAAGUUCCAGAGUGUGGUGGCUGCCAAUGGACUGAUUGCUAACCUUUUUGGCCCUGUAGGUAUGUAUUAUUAUUUUUUAAUGUUUUCCUUGAACGACUUCCCUUCCCAUACACUACACUACAAGACAUGAGUCUGUGAAAGAGGCUCACUUCUACAUCCCCCCUUCCCAAAUGUAUUUCUCAGCAAGUUUGAACAUUUCUGGAGAAAAGGUGGGUCUUUUGCAUUUUCACUAAAUAUUUUCCCUCUAAUUUGAUAGAAGGCAAAAGACAUGAUGCCAGGAUGCUGACAAUGUCUGGAUUGCUUACCCAAUUGGAGCAACACUCGCAUGCACCAGAUGGAUCACCACUGUGUAUAUAUGGUGACCCAGCAUACCCUCUAAGGGUUCACUUGCAAUCACCAUACAAGAACAACAACCAAACAGAUGCUCAAAAAGCAUUCAAUACAUCAAUGACCCGUGUAAGAGUGUCAGUGGAAUGGAUCUUUGGUGAUAUAAUUGGGCAUUGGAAAUUUCUUGAUUUCAAAAAGGAUUUGAAACUUGGGUUGAGUGCUGUAGGUAAACAGUAUGCAGUUGCUGCUUUGUUGAGAAAUGCUUUGACAUGUCUCUAUGGCUCAACAACUACCAAUUACUUUUAUUUGGAAGCCCCGACCAUUGAGCAAUACUUUCAAACUUGA